GUUGGGAUCGUUACCCAAGCUGGUUUCGCACCUGAAGCUGCUCCCGUUGAUCGAGAGCUGCGAAGCCGUUUGGCCAUCCCGCUUGGACCUGCAGCUCAUGGCUCCGUCGUACGAGACGAACUUGCAAAAACUGCGGCUCCUGCUGGAAUGUGAUCCGUCCCAGUUGGUACAGGAAUCUACGGAACCGGACGUUCUGAAUCUUCAAGUAUCCUUCAUCACCUGCUGUUAUGAAUCGACGGCGUUCAUGCUGUCCGAGGAAUUGGCAGCCGAACUCCAAACGCUGAGGGAAGCGUUCGUAUGGAGCAAACUCAUGGUGCUGGCCACCAGCCGGCCGUUGAUAUCGAAAGUGUUCCAGCACUACCGGAGGAUGCUGCUCGCCGAAGAUUGGUUUUAUCAGUUUGGCGAUCUGACCAGUUUCUGUGCGUUCGUUUGGGAUUUGGUUGCGUUCGAUCAGGACGAGAUGCGACUGCUGGAUCGGACCGCAAUGGAGCUGAUCGAGCAGAUUUGCUUCAGAUUGCUUCGCUCGAAGAAGGUCCAGCUGUUCGUCAAAGGGGUGACGGUUCUGGAGGAAUGUAUCCACAAAGCGCGCGGUCAUUCACUGGUAGACUACGAAUCGGUUUAUAAGGAGCUGGGAAAACAAGCGUGGCGUUUGGCAGAGGAAGAUGAAAGGAUUCAAAAUGCGUCCAUAAUUCUGCUAACCGGAAUGUUGGAAUGUGUUAGGGUGCUCGAAGUCGACCGGAAUCAAUUGAUGACCCUCAUUUCCAACUUUUCCCAGCUUAGUCGAGCCGAUGAGCUGAUGGAAAUCCUUUUGAAAGGAUUGAAUCAAUCAAACGCUGUAGGCACAUCAAUAGCUUUGUUGGAUAUUCUGCUGCAACUCUUGGCCAUAGACCACGACGGUCUACGAGUAGUUCCGGACGAAUCCGCAGAAGAAUACAAUCCAGAUGAAAUGGUCUGUCCAUUGAUAAUGACGAAUGGAAAUCAGAAAAUUGAUACACGCUACGAUGAUUGGUGGAAGGACAUCAUCGAUCAGAACAAAGGCCGUUUCCAUCGAUGGACUAUGAAACUCUUCAGAAUGCUUCUUUCCGAGAUAGGAAAAUUUGAGAACUUCAACGUUACACACUAUCAGUAUCUUUGCUACACCGUGUUGUUUUCAAUUCACUGUGAACAAAUAAGUUCUUUGGUUCAAAUCGGAAUCACUCAUCGAACAAUGGUUUCAUUUGCAAACAGGAUGGUGAACCGCUUGGAAUCUCUAAUGGGUGACACCAGCAGCAAACCCAUCGAUUCCACAUUGAGAAGCUGUAUGCAUUUGAUCACAGCCGUUGUGGCAUGCGUCAAGAACACCGAGCGAUUCGUGCCAGCUGUGGGCGAAACUAGAGAAAACGACGUCACCAAUCUUGGAAACUAUCAGUCGCAGUGCUUGAAUAAGUUGUUGAGCAAGGUACAGGAGUGGUAAGCGGUUAUUGGUCAAAAUUUAAUAUACGAUCUCUAUUAAAAAGUUUAGCAGCGAUACAAACUUUACUUUCCAUGGUAGUACUACUACAACACUAAUGUAUUGC